AUGGAGGGUGCGUUUGCUGCAAACUGGAGCGCUGAGGCGGUCAACGGGAGCACGGCGCCGCCGGGAACCGAGGGCAACCGCACCGUCGGGCCGCCACAGCGCAACGAGGCCCUGGCGCGGGUGGAAGUGGCCGUGCUGUGCCUCAUCCUGUUCCUGGCGCUGAGCGGCAACGCGUGCGUGCUGCUGGCGCUGCGCACCACGCGCCACAAGCACUCGCGCCUCUUCUUCUUCAUGAAGCACCUGAGCAUAGCAGACCUGGUGGUGGCGGUGUUCCAGGUGCUGCCGCAGCUUCUGUGGGACAUCACGUUCCGCUUCUACGGGCCCGACCUGCUGUGCCGCCUCGUCAAGUACCUGCAGGUGGUGGGCAUGUUCGCGUCCACCUACCUGCUGUUGCUCAUGUCGCUUGACCGCUGCCUGGCCAUCUGCCAGCCGCUGCGCUCGCUGCGCCGCCGCACCGACCGCUUGGCGGUACUCGCCACAUGGCUCGGCUGCCUGGUGGCCAGCACGCCGCAGGUGCACAUCUUCUCGCUGCGCGAGGUGGCGGACGGCGUCUUCGACUGCUGGGCCGUUUUCAUCCAGCCCUGGGGGCCCAAGGCCUACAUCACGUGGAUCACGCUCGCCGUCUACGUUGUGCCGGUCAUCGUGCUUGCCGCCUGCUACGGCCUCAUCAGCUUCAAGAUCUGGCAGAACUUACGGCUCAAGACGGCGGCGGCGGCGGCCGAGACUGCAGCUGGGGCUGAGGGCGCGGCGGCGGCAGACUGCGGGGGGCGGGCGGCUCUGGCCCGCGUCAGCAACGUCAAGCUCAUCUCUAAGGCCAAGAUCCGCACGGUCAAGAUGACCUUCAUCAUCGUGCUGGCCUUCAUCGUGUGCUGGACGCCAUUCUUUUUCGUGCAGAUGUGGAGUGUAUGGGAUGACGAUGCGCCCAAGGAAGCCUCAGCUUUCAUCAUCGCCAUGCUCCUCGCCAGCCUCAACAGCUGCUGCAACCCCUGGAUCUACAUGCUUUUCACAGGCCACCUCUUCCAAGAACUUGUGCAGCGCUUCCUCUGCUGCUCAUUCCACUGCCUGAAAGGCAGCCGGCCUGGGGAGACGAGCAUCAGCAAAAAGAGCAACUCGACCACCUUUGUCCUGAGCCAGCACAGCUCCAGCCACAGGAGAUGCUCACAGCCAUCCGCGGUGUGACUGAUGGGGCCAGGACCGCCCUCCUUGGCUUGGACUGUGCGGCAGCGACAGUCUGGCUCUUGGUGGCUAUGUACAUGUGUGUAUAAGGUACCUUUCAGUUUGUACCCCUCUGUACUUUGGGCAGCUGGAGCUGGGUGGGGAAGCAACCCCCAUGGAGAAAGAUGGUAUGGUGGCUCAACCAUCAAGCCAAGCCCUGGGUCUUCCGUAGGCUCCCACAGGUACUUCUCCUGCCCUGACCCCACUGCUCCCUUCCUUUAACAGUAAGUCCCCUACAUAAGAAUGAGUUCUGUUCUGAGAGCACGUUUGUAAGUCUAAUUUGUUAGUAAGUCUAACAAGGUUAGACUAGGUACCCAACUAACACAGCCAGCUCUAUAGUACUGUACUAUAAUAGGUUUAUAAUACUUUUCACACAAGUAAUACAUACAUAAAACAAAUGCAGAAAGUGAAACGUUUUCAGUCUUAUAGUAGAGUACCUUGAAAAGUACACCCGGAAUACAGGGGCUGGCAUGCCUCUUUGAAAGUUUGCAACUAGAAGGUUUGUGUGUAGAGGACUUACUGUAUUCUGGGAUCUUGAGAAAGGUAGUAAGUAUAAGAUUGGUGACCAGAUGGGUACAGAAGCCUAGUGUUCUGAGCUUGGGGUGAGGAAUAGGACCUUGCUGGUGGUGGUGCUAAUAUCCUCCUGGCCUCAAAGUGCUUUUGCCUUUGAGUGGACUGGUGCUAGCAUCCUUGAGCACCAACUUGCCUGAAGGUGGCCCUGGAACAGGGGAUUCUCUUAGGAGACUGUCUGGCACAGGCAGCCAAGUAAAACUUGGGUUAAAAAUGUUUGAUAUGCUAAUACUUAAGAAGUAUUUGGGAAAGAAAAAGGAAAUUAAAGGCAUCCAAAUUGGAAAAGAAGUAAAAUUCCUUGCAGAUGAUGCAAUUUUGUAUAUAGAAAAUUCUAAGGAAUUCAUGCACACAUGCACAUACACAAACCCAGUAAAACUAAUACAUGAAUUCAGGGUUGUGGAAUACAAAGUCAAUACAAAAAUCAAUUGCAUCUCUUUACCCUGGCAAUGAACAAUGUGAAAAUAAAAUUAAGAAAUAAUUCUGUUUAUAAUAGUAUCAGAUAGAACAUGAAUAAAUUUAAUGAAAGAAGUGCAAGACAUAUCCUGAAAACUACAAAGUACAGUUGAAAGACGUUGAAGUCGUAAAUAAAUGGGAUGACAUCCUAUGUUUAUGGAUCAGAGAUUUAAAUAUUGUUAAGGUGAAAAUACUCUUCAAGUUUAUAUACAGAUUCAGUGUAAUCCCUGUCAAAAUCCUAGCUAGCUUUUUUGUGCAAAUUGAUAAGCUGAUCCUGAAAUUCACAUGGAAAUGCCAGGACCCAGAAUAGCCAGAUAAAAGUUGAAAAAGAAGGACAAAGUUGGUGCAUUCAUACUUCCAGGUCAAAACUUACUAUAAGGCUACAGUAAUCAAAAGAGUGUGGUAUAGACAAAAGAAGAGGCAUAUAAACCAGUGGAAUGGAAUAGCCUUGUGUUUAUGGCCACUAGUUUGACAAGUGUGACAAGAGAAUUCAAUAGGAAGGGUAGUCUUUUUGGAAAAUGGUACCAGGACAGCUGGAUAUCCACAUGCAAAAGAAUGCAGUUGGAUCCCUACCUCACACUGCAUACAAAAUUAGCUGAAAGUGCAUCAACCUAAAUAUAAGAGCUAUAACUAUACUUAGAAGUAAGCAGGGAUGAAUCUUUGUGGCCUUGGACUAGGCCAUGGGUUCUUAGAUACGAUAACCAAAACAUAAGCCUAAGGAAGAAUAGAUAAAUUGGACCUCGUCAAUGGGGCACAAAACUUUUAUGCUUCAGAGGGCACUACCAAGAAAGUGACAAAACAACUCAGAAUGGAAGAAGAUACUUGGAAGCCAUGUACUCGUGUCUAGAAUAUAUCAAGAACUCUUACUUUUUUAUCAGUAAAAUGCCAAAUAACCCAGUUUAAAAUAUGAGCAACAUAUUUGAUCAACAAAUGAGUGAACAUAUUUCUGUAUCUUCUACAAAGGAAAGAUAUAAGUGGCUCAUAAGCACAUGAAAAGACUCUCAGUAUCCCUAUUCACGAAGGAAAUGCAAAUCAAAACCACCAUGAAAUAGCAGUGCACACCCACUAAGGUGGCUCUAAUCAAAGAGAUAGGCAAUGACAGGUGGGAGCGAAAUUGGAACUCUCCUCCAUCACUUGUGAGAAGGUAAGAUGGUGCAGCCACUUUGGAAAAUAGUUUGGCAGUUCCUCAAAAAGUUAAACAUAGAAUUACCAUAUGAGCCAGAAAUGCUAGUCCUGGUUUUUACUCAAGAGAAAUGAAAGCAUACACGUACAUGAAAACUUUUAUGUAAAUGUUUCUAGCACUGUGAUUUAUAAGAGGCAAAAAUGGAAAUAACCCAAAUGUCUAUCAGCUGAUCAAUGGGUAAAUAAAUGUGGUAUACCUAUACAAUGGCACAUUAUUCAACUAUAAAAUAAAAUGAAGUACUGGCAUAUGCUUCAACAUGGAUGAACCUGGGAAACAUAUUAAGUGAAAGAAACCUUGAGAAAAGUUACAUACUGCAUGAUUCCAUUUAUAUGAAAUGUCAAGAACAGGCAAAUCUGUGGAGACACAUUACAGCAUGGUGGUUACUAGGGGCCAGGAAAUGGGGUAGGUGGGGAGUGACUGCUAAGUUACAGGCUUUUUUGAGGGGUAGUGAAGAUUUUCUGGAAUUAGUGAUGUGUACAUUUUGAGAAUAUGCUAAAAACUACUGCAUUAAUACUUAAGAAAUAUUUACCAACUGAAUUUAGAGGCAACCAGCCUGAAGGAUAAAUUUCUUAGAAUCUCUUACUUCUCAGAGCUUUUGUUUCUGUGUGACUCAUCAUUUCAGAAAAAUCCAUAGUUUUCUUUGUUUUCCUGCGAGAGAUGGUGUUUCCGGUUUGACCAAAAGUAUCAGCAGUGAUAAUACCUGGUAAACAUGUUGUGAAAUGUCUUCUCAGCCUUGAAGCACAUGUGACCAUGUCCAGGAAACACCUUUUGCUAUUCAGUAUAGGAUGUUGUAGAUCAGAAGUUUUCCGACUGGGACUGGCCAGCUCAUUGGCACACUGGCACUCUUUUUUUGUUUUUUUGUGCACGUAUUUUUGGACUCACUGUGAUACAAGAGCGCUUCCUAAAGCCCCAGCUCUCCUCUCUCCACUUUCCUUUUCUCACUCUAUACUGCACUGUAUACACACAUACACACAAAAACACACUCGCACACAGUAGAAUGAGCUAGCAGGUCUUGAUGUUCAGGGAGAAGAGAAGCGUGUGCUGAAAUGCCAGUGUUCAGAGCCCCACCGUUUAGGACAAGAUCUCUAGUACUCACUGAAGACAGAGGACAGUGUCAACUUUGAACCCACAGGCAGGGCAGUGUUGCUGUGACAGGUGCCUAGUGUCAACACCCGCCAGUCCUGGGGAGCUAACCAGAUGCCAAUUUGGGGUCUCCGUGCCCACCUCAAGGACACCAGGGCAGCCUGGGUGCAAAUGCAGCGAUGGCGGGGCCUGUUAGCAUUUGAGCCUCUCUGCUCGCCGGCCGGAACUGCCCCAGUCUCUGCUGUCAGCUAGGGAAGUUGCCAUCCUAGCAGCCACCAGAGGCCACUGGGGAUCAAGGAGACACCGCAACUCAGGUGAUUUUUCUGACCACAGGCAUAACCUUGCCAAGAACCCUGGAGCUGCAAGGUUCUUGGGCAUCAGAACCAGCUGGGACACUUUCCUUAUUCUCUUGCUGUGGAAGCUGUGGUUGGAAUUUUGGUUCUCAUUAUGGCACAAGAGCCUGUUUUAUAGCCGAUCAGUGACAUUUGAUUUCAGCAGCACCACUGGCUACGCACCUCUCCCCUCCCAAUAUUCCUGGAGAACAUUUUCACAAUUGAUUGUUGCUUCCCCAACCCAAGCCUGGAAGAAGGCGAUUAGGCGUCUGGAAUUCUGCUUCAGACUGGGUUGUCUCUGUCUUCCUUCAGACCCAUUGCCUGAGGUCCUCCAGCCAUCUUUGCCUGCAGUUUCAGGACUGUUUACAAACCUAAUGCACCUAUUGGUACCUGGAGGUGCCAAUAAAUUGGAGCAUAAAGAUUUUCUUCUGGAAUGUUUCAUUAUUCUCAUGUUGAAAAGCGAAAUGCGAACACUUGAAGACUCUCAGCCUUAUUUCUUUAUGUGCCGAAAAAAAAUCUGCCACACUAUUUGGUCUUCUUGGGGGAUGGCUCUACAGGAUGUGACUGCUGGAGGCUGCCUUAAGAAGAUCCUGGUUUCAAAAUGUGUAACCUUUUGUGUUUAAUUGCAGCGAAAUGCCCCUAAGUGCAAAAUGUAAAUUCCUCGAUUUUGUUCUGCUUGGUGAAUUUCUAUGCUAUCUCCUGUCUGUGCCAGUUGGGGAAUGAUGUACCCGACAAUGAGAUGCCUGCUUCAGU